GGUCCACACUCCACAGCGUGCAGCUGCCCCUGCCCUGCCGCGUCCCCAUUAGAGUACCCUUCCCUUCAACAAGAGCGCCCUGGUGCAUUUGCAACUGCUCGGCUAUUGCUUCGCUUCCCUUCAGCUUCAACACGAGCGCGAGGAACAAGACAAAGGGGAUGAUGGAGAAGCGACACGGCGGUGGCGGAGGCGGAGGCUUCACUGUGCUCCGCCUCCUCGCCGCCGCCGUCUUGGCGUUCCUGCUGCCGCAGUCCGCCGGAGCGGCCGACGACGCCAAGUGGCACGCCCAUGCCCAUCCGGUUGCCCACGCCGGCCUCCCGCCGCUCUCGGCACCACCGCCCACCGCGGGAGCUGACGACCUGCCGCCGCCCGUGCCCGUACCCGUGUCCUUCCCGCCGAGCCGCGCGCCCGGCCAGCGCCAGCAGGCCGCCCCGCACUUCGGCUUCCCGCUGCAGCCGGGCCCGGGCGCCGCGGCCCCGGGGACGGCGCCCGCCGGCGAGGGGUACCCGUUCAUCGGCAGCAACCCGACGGUGCCGCUGCCCACCGGCAUGACCGACACUUCCACCGUGCUGCCGCUGCCGGACACCGGGGACGCAGCCACCAAGGUGGUGGGCUCGGGCUCGGCAGCGUCCGUUCGUGCUCCCGUCUCCAUGAUUGCCCUUGGUGGGCUUUUCUUCGCCACCAUGUUGCUGUUCCUGUCCAAGAUCUAGUAAUUAACAACCCAAUUAUAUGUAGAAGAAGAUGCUUGUACUACUGAAUGCUGCUGCUGCUGCCUUCAUCCAAACUAACUACUACUAGUCUUGAGUUCUUGGCAUGAACUAAUCUAGAGAUCUACUUCCAAUUCCUUUCACCUUCCUGUGAAUUCAAUUCGACAACAGCAUCGUGCUUCACUCU